ACGGCAGGAACGCUGAUUAGUAAUAAACGUUAUAAUGGCCUCUCCUCUUUGCCGGUCACUUUGUCACUUUCUGGGUAAAUGCGGCAGGAAUCACUGUCCCUACUUCACAGACUGCAGCUCAGCGGUGGGAAGAGAGAAAGGGCCAAGACACAAAAUGUCAUCCCAGUUUUUGUCAGUGUCACCAGUGACUCCUGCAGAGAAAGAAAAAGAUGAGACGAUCAAAAAGGACAGGCCAUAUAAGAUCUUUUUUAAAGAUCUCUUUCUCUUCAAAGAAAAUGAAAUGGCAGCAAAGAAAAGGGAAAAGUUCAUGAACCGCAGCAUGAAAGUCUACCAAAAGUCUACUUUUUCAUCAAGAAUGAAGAAUCGUUCACACCUGGGCCAAAUAGCAAUCUUCGCCGACACAGGUGAUGCCUCAGUUGAACGACUGGGGCUAGAUCCCACUCUUAUUCUCAGAUUAACAGAAGGUGCAGACACAAAAAGGACCACCCAUGAAUUUAUUAAUGACCAGAGAGACAGGUUUAUGCUCGAGUAUACUCUGUCAACCAAAAGAAACACCAUUCUAAGGUUUGAAAAACACACAGCGAUGAAGGAAAGGCAACUCAUGAAAGCAGAAAAAAAGCUCGAAGAAGACGCGGCGGCCUUUGAAGAGUUCCUUCGAGAAAACGACCAGAGAUCUGUAGAUGCUCUCAAAAUUGCGGCGCAGGAAACUAUAAACAAGCUGCAAAUGACGGCAGAACUCAAGAAGGCGAGUUUGGAGAUCCAGUCGGUGAAAAGUGAAAUAGCAAAAACAGAAUUCCUCCUUAGAGAGUACAUGAAAUAUGGGUUUUUUCUGCUGAAACUGUCUCCAAAACAAUGGCAAAUCCAGCAAGCAAUGAAAAGGGUGUCAAGGAGUAAAGAAAAUGUGAAUGUCGUGGUUCCAAGUAUAAUAACAAAAUUAAGUGCAAGGAGAAGAGAGGGUACCACUGAUGAGUCCAGGAGGACAUCAUUUUCGGAAGAUUCUUCUCUGGGAAGAGGUAGCCAAGGUAACACUAGAUCUUUGGCACUUCACCCACAAAAGUAAAACUCCAACCAAACUGAGAGUAUCAGUUCAGAAGACAGUUUGGAAUUCUUUUUAGAUGAUGAUAUGGACUACGAUCUGGAGCCAGAACUUUAUUUCAAAGAACCUGAAGAGUUACUUCAAGUCCUCACAGAGCUGGAAGAGCAGAAUCUUACUUUGGUACAAUAUUCCCAAGAUGUAGAUGAAAAUCUUGAAGAUGUAAAUAAAAGAGAAAAAGUUAUACAGGAUAAAAUAAAUACCAACAUAGAGUUUCUUUUGGAACACAAGGAAUUGCUCAAGGCCAAUUGUGUAAGAGAAGAAGAAAAAGCAGCAGAGUUGGAAUUAAGGUCCAGGCUAUUUAGUUUUGGAGAAUAUAACUCAGAUGCUCAGGAAAAACUGAUAGACUCUCUUAGUAAAAAAAUUAACCAAGUAUACAAAGUCUGCAUUGGAGAUGCUGAGGUUGGAAGCCUCAACCCAGUUCAAAAGCUGGUAAAAGUAGAGUCUCGCCUGGUAGAAUUGAGUGAUCUCAUUGACUCCAUUCCCAAAGAAAAUGUGGAGGCAAUUGAGAGGAUGAAACAGAAAGAACGACGGCAAAGGUUGCGUGAAGAGAAAAUGAGAGAGAAACAGAAACACCAGGAGGAAAGGCUAAAAGCUGCCCUGGAAAGAGCAGUAGCACAACCAAAGAAAAAGAAGGGCAGACAACUUAUCUACCGUUCAAAACCUCCAUCUGGUAACAAACAUGAACUACUUUUAGUCAAGGAUACAAGAACGAAAUCCCUGGAGGAAGAGUAUUUUUUCACUUGA